AUGACCAUCGUGGCCACCAUGUUCCAGCGAAGAGGAAGAAAUGCGUUUAUGCAGGCCGUGAUACAUGACAUAAGACUGUUGGAAUCAGCCUUUGAGAACGAGCCACUGCCCACUAAAACCCUCUUAAGUGAAUAUUAUUUUCAACCCAGUUCACCAGUACAUGGCGACCAUGAUUCACACGUUGGUCUAAAGGGACGGUAUCCAGUGCAGCCCGCUAUCCCUUCCUAUAUCCACUGUGGCAUAUCACCCUGUGAAUUCACCACCAGCUAUACGGCUAAUGGCGUGUAUACGACUUCGAUGGGUUCCCCCUGGACAGAGUACUAA